CAAGGCUCAGCCACGUUCAGGAUUCUUAGGGCCGUAUCGUUGACAUCCCUUCGAGUAAUGUCGCGAGCACGCGUCCUUCACGAUCACUGCGAUCAUGUGCGAGAGGUGAUAGUCGGGGAACUUAUCAAAUCCUCACUUCUUCUUCCUCCUCUACAACGACGAUCCCAUAGAACCUUGUCGCGAAG